AUGAAGAAAGACAUUGAAGUCCUGAUAGCAGAGGAACGAGCUGAGAUCAUCUCUAAAUAUGAUAAGGGCAGGGAUGAAGGUGUGGAAAUUGAUCCCUGGGAAGAUGCAGACUACAGUAUUUACCGUUCUACAGAUCGCUUUGGCUUCCUGCAUGAAGAGGAACUGCCUGCACCGAGUGCCCUUGAGGAUAAGCAAAAGCAGCAGGAGAUUGAACGAGUACAGAAAUGGCUGAAGAUGGUGAGAAAAUGGGAUAAAUACAGAAACAGUGAGCGGAUGAUGAAAAGGGUAUAUAAAGGGAUCCCCCUUCAGCUGAGAGGUCAGGCGUGGGCCCUGCUGUUAGAUGUGGAGAGAGUGAAGAAUGAUAAUGAGGGAAAAUAUGAGAGAAUGAAAGAACAGGCAAGAAUCUACUCUUCUGAAAUUAAACAAAUUGACCUGGAUGUGAACAGAACAUUCAGAAACCAUAUAAUGUUUAUGGAUCGGUUUGGAGUCAAGCAGCAGUCUCUGUUCCAUGUCCUGUGUGCAUACUCAGUGUACAACACGGAAGUGAGUUACUGCCAGGGUAUGAGUCAAAUAGCUGCCAUUCUGCUGAUGUACAUGAAUGAAGAGGAUGCUUUCUGGGCCCUGUCACAGCUGCUGACCAAUCAAAAACAUGCCAUGCAUGGCUUUUUUAUUCCUGGGUUUCCCAAACUUCAGCGCUUCCAGUCACACCAUGAUCAGAUUCUCUCCAAACUCCUGCCCAAGUUAAAGAAGCACUUGGACAAGGAGCAGAUGUCCAGCGGGAUUUACACCACUAAAUGGUUCUUGCAGUGUUUCAUUGACAGAACGCCGUUCACCCUGACCUUACGCCUGUGGGACAUCUACAUUCUGGAAGGAGAGAAGCUUCUCACUGCCAUGGCUUACACCAUCCUUAAACUGCACAAGAAGCGUUUGAUGAAGAUGUCACUGGAAGAUCUGAGAGAGUUUCUGCAGGAGAAGAUUGGGAGAUCUUUUUACCUCAGCGAUGAUAUUGUUAUUGAACAGCUUCAACUGUCUAUGUCCGAACUCCGCAAAAUGAAGCUUGACGUCCCACCUCCAGCCAAGCCAGAGGAGCUCCCUCGGAAUCCUUUGGGUGUGGAGCUGCCCGUGGUGCUGACGCCUGUGAUUCCUCCCAAACAGAGCCCAUCCCAGGACACACCUGAUAAGAGCCAGCUGGCCAAACGGCCACAGGUGUCCCUCCACAUCCCCCUGGACCAGGAGUCCAUAGUGCUGGAUCAGAGUUCCCCAGAGGAGAAACGGCCCCAACACGGGGAUGGAGAGAUCCACAGUCCGUCUCCUUUACCCUCCCCUGAUCCUGUUCUAGUACACAGCCAAGCCCUGCCAAGCCCAGAUGAAAUGACAGGAGCACCUGAAGAUGGCGGAGAAAGGCCGCCACCGUACGAACCCCCACAAAACAGCAUCCCUCAUGUAGGAGAAACAAUGACUCUUUGCGAUGAUGACCCCCCUACAGCUCUGGACGAAGACCAGCCCUUGUCGGUGUCUCUGCCUGGAGCAAAUAAUUUAGAUAAGUCUCAGGAUACAACACCCCCCUCUCAGGACCCUGAAGAGUUGAAAAUAAGUGUAACCAAUGAAUCCGUUGCUCUUGCAUCCCCUAACAAGUUUCCACUGACGCUGGCCUUACCAGCACAGGGGGUCAGACGGCCUUCCAAUGUCUCUCAGUACGAGAAUCUGACCGAAGAACAGGUGGACACUGGGAAGAACGAUCAGGACUGCUCUUUGGAGGCUGUUCCUCAGAGCUCCACAAAAUGUUCUAGAAAUAAAGAUCCUUUGGAAUCACCAAACCCUCCGAUGGCCUUCAACCACCCGCAGUCCCAAUCCCAACCAAAAGAGGCCUCAGAGCUGUCAACCUCAGGGGGCAUUCCCAAUGUUCAUUCCCUCCCACAUGUUCACAAUCCUCAAUCCAACCCUUCACAGCUCUCCAAAUCGCAUACGUUUUAG